AACAGCAAUAUCCCACGUUGUUCACUGCAAAAACAGCAUCUUCCCUCUCGACCAAUCAGAUGCCCGCAUUACGCAUGAUUCAAUAUGGCGAAUUUGUUUAUCAGUUGCUCGUGCGUGUAAUUUGGAUCAGUGAUUUAAAAUAGAAGAAGUAUUGUUUUAUCCAUAAUUAUUGAAAUAAUAGCAAGAUGGACUCUUACCCUUCACCUGUGAAUAAUAAUUCCAGUAGAAAAAGAAAUGCUGAACCCGGAAAAUGGAAGCGAAAUUUGGCCAAAAGACAGAGGUAUUCUGCCAAAACUCUGCCAAAAAGAUUGAUGUGUACCCACAAGAAAACAUUCAAAUGUAUGUCUCUAAAAAUGAGUGACGUUAAAGAUUUCUUUGAAAGUUUUUAUGCACAGCCAGAUAAACAGAAGCAAGAUGCUAUGCUACUAAAACAUUGCACGCCUAUUACCGUCAAGCGUCGCCGUUGUACUAACUCAAGCAAAGCGAAACAAAGAUUUCAAACCAAGUUUUACAUUUAUAGUAAAUCGGAAAAUAAGAAGGUACAAGUUUGUCAACGCUAUUUUUUGACAAUUUUGCAAAUAACGAAGUACAGAGUCCAAAGAAUUAUGAAAGAAUAUUACGACACUGGAAAUCUUUUAACUGAAAACAGAGGAGGCGAUCGCGUUUCUAUGAAAUAUACAGCAAAACGAGAAGCAAUCAUGAGCUUCAUUAAUAAGAUCCCAUGCGAAGAACCCCACUACUGUCGAGGAAACACAAAAAGGUACUAUCUUUCUUCGGAGUUAUCAAUCAACAAAUUAUGGAAGAUGUAUAAUUCUGAAGCUGUCGAUGACUUAAAAGUCAAAAAAUCAUAUUUUCGACGUAUUUUUAACACAAAAUAUAAUCUUUCAUUUGGAACUCCAAGAACGGAUGUAUGUGCUACUUGCUUAAGAUUUUCUGAAGAAAUGAAACGAGAAAAAGACGACAAAGUACGCGUCGACUUAAUGACGGCGCAAAGAGUACACAAAUUAAAAGCGAAGGCGUUUUUCGAAAAAGUGAAAGAAGAAAACACAGACUUUAUAACGUUUUCUUUUGACUGCGAAAAAAAUUUAAAUUUGCUCAAAGUUCCAGACCAGGUAGCAUAUUACCUGAGAAAUGUUUACCUAUACAAUUUCACUAUCACAGUUGGCUCAUCAAAAAGUAAAUUGCUUCCUGAGAAUGUGUUCGCAUACUGCUGGACUGAGGAAAAAUAUCCCAAGGCUGCAAAUGAAAUAGCUUCAGCAUUAUAUCAUAGGCUGCAAAAUACGGACUUUAGUACAGUGACAAAAGUCAGACUCAUUUCAGAUGGCUGUGCCGGUCAAAACAAAAACACCAUCAUGCUAGCUAUGUUGUCGAAGUGGUUAACUGAAGCACCACAAAAUGUCAAAGAAGUGGAAUUCGUAUUUCCCGUUGUAGGACAUUCUUACAUACCGCCAGACAGAGUUUUCGCUCAAAUUGAGAAAGAAGUCAGAAAACAUGAAGUCAUAAACGGCCCUCAAAAGUACUUGGAGGUUAUAUCAGGGUUCAGCACUGUUAAUAAAUUAGGAGCAGAAUGUGAAGUUCUCGAUUGGAAGACAGCUUCACAAGAAGUCUUUAAACCAGUAGGUAAAUGGCACUUUCAAUUUAAAUUAUGCAAACGUUUUGUUUUAAGACGUUCUAUAAGAGGCCAGAAUGUUUUAAUUGGUGGACAUCUGCACUACAAAACUGAUGACGGAAUUUGCAAAAAUGUUUGCAAAAAAGGAAAGUUAAGUUCCAUGAUAAAUCCUUCAAAAAUAAAUCCAACAUGUAGGUUAACUGACGCAAAGAGAAAAGACACUUUAACACUGUUAAAAAGUCAUUGGGGCAACAACUGGGAGCAAAACCAUGAAUUAAUAUUUUUUAAAACUCUUUUACAAGAAGCUGAAACCACUGAAGGCAGCGAAGAGUUCUGUGAACUACAGGAAGUAGAUAUAGGCGACAUGCGUGUGUGAUUUUUUAAAAUUAAUUAUAAGUGUUAAA